UUUGUUCAGCCGACUGCAGGAUAGCGCCGCUGCUCUUUCGUCACAGAGACCACAUUACAGGUAAGAAUCAAUGGCACCACAGCAGAGGAAACCCCAUGUCAGCAGGAACCCUGAUCUAAUCAGAGGUGUGGGCAAGUAUUCACGCUCACAAAUGUACCACAAGAGGGGUCUUUGGGCCAUCAAGGCGAAAAAUGGUGGUGCUUUCCCCAAGCAUGAGAAAAAAGCCAUUGCUGCUGCACCAACUGAGAAGCCACCAAAGUUCUAUCCAGCUGAUGAUGUGAAGAAACCCCUUGUCAACAAACGCAAAGCCAGACCCACCAAGCUCAGAGCCAGUAUUACUCCUGGAACUGUGCUGAUCAUAUUGGCUGGGAGGUUCAAGGGGAAAAGAGUUGUUUUCUUGAAACAACUUACAUCUGGACUGCUAUUGGUUACUGGUCCUUUUAAGAUCAAUGGUGUUCCUUUGAGGAGGGUAAAUCAGUCAUAUGUGAUUGCUACAUCAACCAAGGUCGACAUCUCGGGGGUGAAUGUGGAGAAGUUUGAUGACAAGUACUUUGGAAAGAAAACUGAAAAGAAGAAAACAAAAGGAGAAGGCGAGUUUUUUGAAGCAGAGAAAGAGGAAAAGAGCUUGCUCCCACAGGAGAAAAAGGAUGACCAGAAAUCCGUGGAUGCAGCUUUGAUAAAGACCAUUGAGGCUGUUCCUGACUUGAAAAGCUAUUUGGGUGCAAGAUUUUCACUCAAGGCAGGCAUGAAACCACAUGAGCUUGUCUUUUAGAUGAAAUGUCUUGAGUUAAUUUUGUUUUCUUGAUUAUGUUUGUGUAAGCUCUAGAUUUUGAGGCUGCAUUCUGUCAGUUUUUGAUGGUUGUCAACGAUGAAAUUACCUUUUUGCUAUUGAAUUUUGGUAUCUAUAAUCUGCAUCCUCUUCGAAACAUUAUAAUUCCGA